AUGGACUCAGAAAACCAGUCAGGGGUCCCAGAAUUCCUCCUCCUGGGGCUCUCAGAGGAUGCAGCCCUGCAGCCCCUCCUGUUUGUGCUGUUCCUGUCCAUGUACCUGGUCACGGUGCUUGGGAACCUGCUCAUCAUCCUGGCCAUCAGCUCAGAUGCCCACCUCCACUCCCCCAUGUACUUCUUCCUCGGCAACCUGUCCUCCAUUGACAUCUGUUUCAGCACCACCACGGUCCCCAAGAUGCUGGUGAACAUUCAGAGGCACAGCAAAGCCAUCAGCUACGCAGGCUGCCUGUCUCAGGCUUUCUUCGUCCUCCUGUUUGCUGGACUGGAAAACUUUCUCCUGGCUGCCAUGGCUUACGACCGCUACGUGGCCAUCUGCCACCCGCUCAGGUACACGGCCAUCAUGCGCCCUCACCUGUGUGCUCUGUUGAUUCUCCUCGCCUUGUCCCUUAGCACCGCGGACGCCCUCCUGCACAGCCUGAUGGCGUUGAGACUGCGUUUCUGCCUAGACCGGGAGAUCCCCCACUUCUUCUGUGAACUUGACCAGCUCCUCAGGCUGGCCUGUUCCGACACCCUCCUCAAUAGCCUCCUGGUCUACUCAGUCACGAGUCUGUUGGGAGGGGUUCCUCUCCUGGGGAUUAUUUUCUCCUACGUUCACAUAGUCUCCUCCAUCCUGAAGGUGCCAUCUGCAGGGGGCAGGCAUAAAGCAUUCUCCACCUGUGGGUCUCACCUCUCAGUGGUGUCCCUGUUCUAUGGGACGGGUUUUGGUGUGUACAUUAGUUCUUCCCUGACCGAUGCUUCUAGCAAGACCGCGGCCGCCUCGGUAAUGUACACAGUGGUGCCUCCGAUGCUGAACCCCUUCAUCUACAGCCUGAGAAAUCAGGACGUGAAGGGAGCCUUGGGGAAUCUCAUGGGAAAAACACCUCCUUUUAUGGGAAGGUGUCUCCUGGCUUGUACGUUAGGAUGA